AUGCUGCUGGACCUGUCCGAGGAGCACAAGGAGCACCUAGCCUUUCUGCUGCAAGUGAACAGCUCAGUGGUCGCAGAGUUUGGGCGGACUGCGGUGGAGUUCCUGAGGCGAGGCGCUAACACCAACAUCUAUGAGGACGCCGCCAGAAAACUCAAUGUGAGUAGUGACACUGUCCAGCAUGGCGUGGAAGGAUUAAUAUACCUGCUCACUGCAAGCUCAAAGCUCGUGAUUUCUGAAAUGGAUUUCCAAGACUCUAUUUUUGUUCUGGGAUUCUUGGAAGAAUUGAACAAAUUGUUGCGUCAGUUUUAUCUGGAUAACAGAAAGGAGAUCAGAACUAUUUUGAGUGAACUGGCAUCAGACCUCCCCAGUUACCACAGCCUUGAAUGGCGACUAGAUGUACAGUUUUCAAGCAGAAGCCUCAGGCAACAGAUAAAACCAUCGGUGACUAUAAAGCUACACCUUAAUCAGAAUGGAGGUCGCAACACCAAAGUUCUGCAGACAGAUCCAGCUACCCUGUUGCACUUGGAAUAA